UUCUCAUAACUCCUGAGAAACCCUGGACAUUUUAGGGUGUAUUGUGGGACAUAUUAGGGUGUAUUGUGGACUGGUUGCAUCUAGAGAAGGGGGAGGAAGGCCAAAACACUAAGUAAUCCUGGCUUGGGUUGGAAAACAAGGUUGAAGUUACUCAUUAGCAGGUGAAAGGGUCAAGAGUCAAGGCAAGGGGGCUGGAAACACAGUGGACUGAGCAGCCAGCAGAGGAGAGAGAGCAGUGCAGGCACAAGCCACCCCACACACCAGUUCCCUCCUGCCUGAAGAUGUUCCACCAAAUUUGGGCAGCUCUGCUCUACCUCUAUGGCAUUCUCCUUGACUCCAUAUACCAGUGCCCUGAGCACAGUCAACUGACAACUCUGGGAGUGGAUGGGAAAGAGUUCCCAGAGCCCCACCUGGGUCGGUGGUACUUUAUCGCAGGCGCAGCUCCCACCAGGCAGGAAUUGGCAACUUUUGACUCUGUGGACAACAUUGUCUUCAACAUGGCUACUGGCUCUGCCCCGAGGCAGCUCCAGCUUAGUGCUACCAUCCGCACGAAAAAUGGGAUCUGUGUGCCCCGGAAGUGGAUCUACCACAUGACUGACAGGAGCACCGAUCUCAGCACUGAAGGCCGCCCUGACAUGAAAACGAAGCUCUUCUCCAGCACAUGCCCAGGUGGAAUCAUGUUGAAAGAGAUGGGCCAGGGUUACCAGCGUUUCCUCUUCUACAAUCGCUCGCCACACCCUCCUGAGAAGUGCAUGGAGGAAUUCCAGUCCCUGACCUCCUGCCUGGAUUCCAAGGCCUUCUUACUGACUCCCAGGAAUCAAGAGGCCUGUGAGCUGUCCAGCAACUGACCUGUGGCUACAUCUGUGCCCCUAGACAGAUACUGUGGGAGCAGAGAUUGUAGUGGGGGGAAAAGGUGGAAACUCCCAACUUCCUUUCAAGAAUAAUAAAGAUAAUUUUUCA